UUCAGCAGUCGAAACGAGAAUAUGUCGAACAGCGACGAAGAACUUCGCCGGAGGAAGUACGAAGAAGCUUUAGAAGUCAAAUCUCUUAGGCGGAUCAUCUCCGCUUAUCUCAAUUAUCCAGAAGCCGCAGAGGAGGAUGUGAGGCGAUACGAGAGAUCUUUCAGAAGGCUUCCAGUGGCUCACAAGGCUCUGCUGUCACACCUUCCCUUAAAAUAUCAGAAACUGAGACGGUGUAUCUCAAAAAAUUCAUUUUUCAUUUUUGAAAUGCUAAAGGCAUUUGAGCCCCCUGUUGAUAUGAGCCAAGAUGAUGAUUGCUGCGAACAUCAGGGUAAUGGUUCAUGCGAUCAUCUUCUCACAGGAGAUAGGGAUCCCUGCUCUUGUGAAUCUGCCUCAGUAAGCGGAAGAGUGCAUUCUUCAAAAUCUGGUGAAGCUUGGGGUGGGAAUGAGGAGGAGAAGAAUGAAAAUUGCUGUGAGCCAGAGUCUGGAAGCUUUCCUGUAGGUGUAGAGGGCAAAACAAACACUCAUAAAGGUGGUUGUGACAAUGUUACAGAUGUCAAGGACCAGGACGUCUCUGAUCCUACUGAUUCCAGUAAGGAUAUAUCUUCUGUACAUCCUGAAUCUCCUGAUAGGUUAGAUUCAAUGCAUCAUUUCCAUGUCCCUCUAGUGGAUGUUGAUAAGGUUCGAUGUGUCAUCAGAAAUAUAGUCAGAGACUGGGCUACUGAGGGGCAGAAGGAACGAGACCAAUGCUAUAGGCCUAUUCUUGAAGAGCUUAAACGCCAUUUUCCUGAGCGCAGUAAGGAAAGCCCUCCGACUUGUCUAGUUCCAGGGGCUGGAUUAGGAAGGUUGGCCUUAGAAAUUUCAUGUAUAGGUUUCAUAAGCCAAGGAAAUGAAUUUUCAUACUACAUGAUGAUCUGCUCUAGUUUUAUUCUUAAUCAGACUCAGGCUGUCGCGGAAUGGACUAUCCAUCCAUGGAUUCACAGCAAUUGCAAUUCACUGUCUGAUACUGAUCAGCUUCGUCCAGUCUCUGUUCCAGAUAUUCAUCCUGCUGGUGCAGGGAUUACGGAAGGUUUUUCUAUGUGUGGUGGUGACUUUGUUGAAGUAUAUAGUGACCCAUGCCAAGUAGGAACUUGGGAUGCAGUUGUAACCUGCUUCUUCCUUGAUACAGCACACAAUAUUAUAGAAUAUAUUGAAAUCAUUUCAAGAAUUCUUAAGGACGGGGGAGUCUGGAUAAACUUGGGUCCCCUACUUUAUCACUUUGCAGAUAUGUAUGGUCAAGAUGAUGAAAUGUCAAUUGAGUUAAGUUUGGAAGAUGUGAAAAGGAUCGCAAUCCAUUAUGGAUUUCAGUUGGAGCUCGAGAAGACCAUUGAAACGACCUAUACUACAAAUCCCCUAGCAAUGAUGCAAAAUCACUAUUUUUCAGCAUUUUGGACAAUGCGGAAGAUUUCAAUUAUAGAUGAGAACAUGCAUGAAUGAAUCAACAUCCACAUCAUAUACAUGGAUCUAUGUACGCUUGUUUCUGAUUAUGCAUACAUGAACCUUGAAAGGUGUCGCUAACUAUUCUUAUGACUCACAAAGUUAAAAGUUGCAUCAUUCAUGACAACUAGUUAUAAAUUAAUCUCCUCAAAAUAGAUUUGGACUUGAGUUUGUUAAGGACUGAGAAUAAACUUCAUGUUUAGAACAAAAAUUUGUACGUGCUUGUCAUAAAUUCAACGUUCUACGGUUCAGC